AUGAGCUAUUGGAUCGCGAAAGGAAAUCGACACCUGAAACUUCAAGAAUUGCACGAGACAUAUGGGCCUUGGCUACGAAUUGGACCCAAUGAGCUUUCUAUUGACAAUCCAGCUGCGAUGCGACCUCUUUACAGCCAAAUCUUCCGAUCUCGGUUCUACCAAGGAGUACCUCAGGAUGCAGACGCGUUGAUCACUACAAACGACCCAGCGGAACAUGCUAGCAGACUUAUUGCAUGGAAUAAAGCCUUUUCGACCGAGAACCUGAAAAAUUACCGCGCUCAAGCCAAGGUUCGUACAGCCCAAUUGUUGGACAUUCUCAAGGUGACGUCCAAAGACAAAACGGCUUUACCUCUUUCCCACUGGAUAUCUUUGUGGGGAAUUGACGUAAUGGGGGACAUGUCUUUCUCUGGCGGCUUUGAGACUAUGUCGGCUAGAAAGGAUACUGAAGGCUGGACGGAAGUGUUACACAUGGGCACGCUCUUCAUUGGAGUGCUUGGCCAGGUGCCCUGGAUGCGAGACAUCCUUGCCUUAGCGCCUUCCCCAGGUCCCAUUCUCACUUUCCAGCAGUUUGCCGGUAAAAAGGUUGAAGAAACUAGCCGCAAGAAUGCUGGAAUGCGUCAAGAUAUUUUGAGCAUAAUUCAAGAUGAAAGUUCAGGCGGCCCUAAACUCUCAAAAUUCCAAGCUGCGGCAGAUGCAUCCUUCAUAGUUUUGGCAGCAUCUGACACCGUCAGUGAAGCUUUGGUUGCAUUGAUGCGAUACCUGACUGGCCACCGUGAAAUUCAGAAGACUUUACGAAUGGAACUGACCAACACAUUUGACGGUCCUUUCGAAGAUAUGGAUGAUUUCACCCUGUCAAAGCUGCCUUAUCUGGAUGCUUGUGUUCAAGAGACACUUCAUGUGAUUCCACCAGUUGUUGCAGCUCGCAACUUGGCUGACCCUGAUUCCUUCCGUCUCGAGGGUUGGCUGAAUGGAGGUAUCGGAGGACGUCAUAAUACCGAUGCUUAUGUUCCAUUCUGCUAUGGUCCGGGCGUUUGCCUUGGCAAGCCUGUCGCGCUGUACAAUAUGAAGUACGUUCGUUCCAUGCUUCCAACGAUGUCUUUUGACCUUAGCUUCCCGGAUAUCUUUGACGUGAACAACUUUGAUGCUUCUUACAAGGAACAUAAUCUCUGGGUUCAUGGGUUCAUGGCGAUCUCAUGGUGGAACUAA